AUGACAAGGUACCGAGUAUUAUAUUGGACCCGAAGCGGGACUCAGCUGUCGGAUGUUUAUACAACCAAGUUUGACUGGGAGUGGGAAGAAGAGAAAGCGUACGGUGAUCAGAACAAGCUUGCCGACAAACUUGGCCCUUGGUAUGUCAUGCAUAUGAAAAAGCCCCCCAAGGCUUUCUUAAUCCAUGAGAUCUGCUGGUUCCUCUUGAGCCAGCACUUUGAAGCGGAGGAGAUUGAUUUGGACAGGCUAUUUGAAGUCUGUAAGGAGAUUCCUCCUUCGGGAAGACCAGUAUUUCUCUCCAGAUACGGUAGGCAGUUCUCGUUGAGCAACAGGUUUUACCCUUCAAAACGACCCAUUAUCAAGGGGCUUCGAGACGCCGCGAAACAAUUCCCGAAGAUGUCCAAUGAAGAAAACCGCUCUGGUUCUAAAAGCAGUGUUGUGCUUCACUCUGACUGCUUCGAUAUCCUCCCCAUCGAGAUACGAGUUCAAAUCGCAAGUUACCUUCCUACUGUCGACUUCCUAAGUCUACGACAAUCAUCCCGAGCAAUGGUAAUUGUCUUUGGAAUUCAAUCAUUCUGGAAGUCGAGGUUUUCAGUGAAUGGGGAACGUGGGUUUCUGAACUGCCUAGCGGAGAAUCCCAAAAGUUAUGAAAGCAAGAACUGGCGACUUAUAUACCGCUGUACAGCAAAGAUUGACCAGUCCUACGAGCACCUCUGGACGAAACGGCGACGCUGGAGAAAUAACCGAUGGCUAAGAGAAAGAUGUUCAAUGCUCAGGGCAUCAAAGAAGCAGAUUGCCUCCAACCAGAAAUUACUUGGUGAAUUAUGCUGGAAAGAGGUCUCUACUAGAGUUCGAUGUGAUAGAGACGGCAAACAUGGGAAGAAGUGGAGGAAAUGUCGGACUUGCCACGCAAAGCAUAACAUCUUUUUUCAAGUCGCUUUAUUAGAAAGCUCUAUCACCGGUCUGGCUGUCUCUGUCAUACGCGAAGGGGCAGAAACCUACAUCACUGGUUUUGACCUGCUGUAUGUAGAUCGGCCGAACCUGAUUCUUGGGCAUCGGCUACCAGGGCACUCCGUGACAAUCGAUUUCGGCGGACAACUGAGAGGAUUUACGGUUAUCGAGGGCGAAGUUGGAAUCCAUGCAAUACGUCCCAUUUUCAACAACUCCUCCACAGCCAAGUGGAUAGGUUUACCAGAGGGCAGCGAUAUCUGCAAGUCUACGGAACUUGUCCUUGAGAAAGACGUCAAAGCCAUUUCGGGAAAGUUCGAUGUAAGUCACUUUAUACCCCCCAAAUGCGUAGCAUAA